CCUCAAAGAAUUCGGGAAGCGUUGCCUUUCGUGAUUGACAAGUCCGACAACAAGCCUCCCUAUUUAUUUGAUCCAGUUAUAAUUUUUUUUUACCCAUUUGAGGAAUUUAUAUUAUAAUUUGAUAAAAAAAGAAAUAUUAAGACCAGAGACCCUCAGAUCUCUCAGCAGUCCAUCUCUCUCUCUCUCUCUCUUUGUGAGAUCUCUCUCGGUGCUCGGCAUGAGGUUCUCGGCCUUCUUCUUUGAUGGCGUCUCCCGGGCCUUCCACCAUCGCCCCAGCUUCUCCAAGCUCGUCGUCAUCUUGACCGCCAGUGGUGGAGGUCUUGUGGCGUAUGCCGACUCAAAAUCAGACCAUGCCAUUGAAUCAUCUCAAGUAGCACACAAGAAAAAAAAGGUGGUAGUUCUUGGUACUGGUUGGGCUGGCACAACGUUCUUGAAAAAUCUAGAUAGCUCAUUGUACGAUGUUCAAGUGAUAUCACCUCGUAACUACUUUGCAUUUACCCCUUUGCUACCUAGUAUCACAUGUGGAACAGUUGAACCACGCAGCAUUGUUGAGCCAAUUCGCAAGAUAAUAAAAAAGAAAGGAGGAGAUAUAAAAUUUUGGGAAGCUGAGUGUUUCAAAAUUGAUCCAACAAACAAAAAAGUCCAUUGUCGAUCUAAUAUUGGCACAAAUUUGGACGGAAAUGGUGAAUUUCUUCUUGAUUACGACUGUCUGGUGAUAGCGAUUGGAGCCAGGGCAAAUACAUUUAACACACCUGGUGUAGUGGAACAUUGUCACUUUCUGAAGGAAAUAGAGGAUGCUCAGAAAAUCCGUAGGAGUGUGAUGGACUGUUUUGAAAGGGCCAGUCUUCCAUACCUUGAUGAAGAAGAGAGGAAGAGGAUGCUUCAUUUUGUUAUUGUUGGUGGUGGUCCAACUGGUGUUGAAUUUGCUGCAGAGUUGCAUGAUUUUGUCUCCGAAGAUUUGUCUAAAUUAUACCCUACUGUUCGAGACCUGGUGAAGAUAUCAGUUAUCGAAGCUGGAGAGCAUAUCUUGACCAUGUUUGACAGAAGGAUCACUAAAUUUGCUGAAGAGAAAUUCCAAAGAGAAGGUAUUGCGGUGAAAACAGGAUUUAAGGUUGUGGAGGUGUCAGAUAAGGACAUUACAAUGACAAACGCAUCGACUGGAAAAAUGUCUGUACCAUAUGGAAUGGCUGUGUGGUCUACUGGUAUUGGGACACGCCCUGUCAUAAUGGAUUUUAUGAAACAAAUUGAUCAGGCUAACAGGCGUGUAUUAGCAACUGAUGAGUGGCUUAGAGUCCGUGGAUGUGAUGGUGUAUAUGCUCUUGGUGAUUGUGCCACCAUAAGUCAACGAAAAGUCAUGGAAGAUAUAUCAUUAAUCUUUAAGGUUGCAGACAAAGACCAUUCUGGAACUUUAACUGUGAAAGAAAUCCAAGAUGUUUUAGAUGAUAUUUGCAUAAGGUACCCACAGGUGGAACUCUAUUUGAAGAGCAAGCAAAUGAGUAACAUAGUUGAUUUAAUUAAGGAUUCCAAAGGUGAUGUGCAGAAGGAAUCUGUAGAACUGGACAUAGAAGAGUUCAAAAAAGCUCUUGCAAAUGUAGAUUCACAGGUCAAAAAUCUUCCAGCAACAGCUCAGGUUGCUGCACAGCAAGGUAAUUAUCUUGCUCGAUGUUUUAACAAAAUGAAGGACACUGAUGAGAAUCCUGAAGGUCCACUGCGCAUUAGAGAAUCAGGCCGUCAUCGCUUUCGUCCCUUCAGGGUGACACUGGGAAAUACAUUGGGUUAUUCAUCAUGAGAGUCAGAUGGGCCUCCAUCAACACCCCAUAUUGCUAGCAAUGUGUGACACUCUCUUUGCUUUUGUGGUUGGGGCUACAACAAACAAUGGGAUGUUCUACAUCCUCAUCAAUAUGAUGGGAGCCACUAAAGAUCCUCCUGCUGCCUAUCCAAGAAUCAUGUCUGAAGCAACAUAAAUAAACUUGUAGUUACCUGUUUUCCAAAUGCUCAGAAAAAAAUUAGACUAUGAUCUAAUGGUGUAUAUAAGAAAUAACAUAAAAGAAAGGACCUUGUUCUAUGUUCCCUCAUUGUGCUCUUGCAUUUACAUUUUAAAUCUGAUGGAGUUAUAAAACAAUGUAAAAUAUAGAUGUAAAAAAUGCUAGGAGUUGAAGGAAUUUUGCAAGUUGUGAGUAUAUCCACCACAUUUUGUUUUUAUUUAGAAACUAAAAAAGAACAAGGAAUCUUGAAGACUUCUUUCUCAAGUUCCCAAGUGCUUUAUUUAGUUUUAUUGGAGUCACACACACACACACACAGAGAGAGAGAGAGAGAGAGAGGUCCAUCAUCCAAUGCAUGUAUAUGUAGGAUUCUAUGAAAGGUAUAUGCUGUUGUUUUUCUUUUAAUGUAAAGCUGCUGCAUUUUCUCCCUUAUCAUGCUACAAAACUACCUAUAUUUUUCCUUUUCUAUGGGAUACAUUCUU